AUAUACAGAUACCUGAAAAGUCCAAGCAACCAAUUUGAUUGCUUUCGGGAAGAAACAAAUUGGGACGUUGUGCUGAUGUGCUGAUCACGAAGAUUAUUCUUGGGACUAGCAGGAAAAACGCUAAAGCAAUAAUUGUGUGACCUCAAUCUUAAGGCGGGUGUUAAUUGUUUUGUGCAAUUUUGCUCGAGAAAAGAAGUGGAAUGUUUUACUAUUGUGUGUUGGUACGAGUUUGAUGUGAAAAUUGUGUUAUUACUGCUGUGACGUAAGUGAGGAAACAGCAUCGUCCCAUUUUGUCCAUCGCCUACUAUUUUGAACUGGUUUGAACUUGAAAUUGGUUGCAGCUGGUGCUAUAUUUAAAAUUUAAAGAACAUUUUUUCAAGAUAUCAACAUGCAACGCUGGUGGUUUCUCGAGGAAAAGGAUGGCUCGGUCAACAGUGCUGCGUCGAGCAGCAGCACAGUCAAAAGGCCAAAACCGCCGAAACAACCCGGCGAUCGGCGCUACAAAUUCCGUGUGCUAGUCACCUACGGACUGCUGAAGGACGAAACCAUUGCUGUUACCGGAAGUUGUGACGCACUCGGAAACUGGGAGUCGGAACACUGUGUCCAGAUGCAACCGGAAGAAGGCGAGACCAACGUUUGGAGCCUGGAGCUCGAUCUACCUCAGGACGUUGCCGUGCAGUAUCGUUACCUCAUUUGCUCGGUCGAUCCCAGCAGCGAAAAUGUGCACGUGCGCCGGUUCGAAACGCACACGACGCCGCGCAGCGUUCCGGCCGAGGCCAGCAAGGCGGAGCAGGACUCCAAGCUGGACACGCUCGGCGAUAUUGACGGUGCGAUCAAGCUGGAUAAGGGGUGGCUUACCAGCGAAACCAUCAUACAGUUUAAGUUCUUUGACAAUCCGUUUGCGGUGAAGGAGCGCAUCAAAAAUCGUUUGCUCUUUGUGAAGAUAACCCCGAUGAAUCUUCGCAUCAAUGCCGAAUCCCAGAGUCCAACGGCGCUGUUGGAGGAGUCGCUGUCGAACGAUACGCGCGAAAACGGCACCGAUCAUCAGGCGUACGCUUUCACCGAGGUGACUUCGCUGCGCAAUCCAAAUUCUGUCUUCGAGCAGCAGUCCCAGUUUGGUUGUCCCUACAAUCCGGACGAUUUCCUAGUGUUUAACGUGACGGUGGCCGAGCCGGAAAAUGUGGCCUAUUUGGUUGAUUUGUACACGCACAGUUCGCGGUCGAAAGAGGACGAACCUCCGUAUCACCUGGGCUAUCAUUACAUCUUGCCAAACUUUCUGAAAAAGUCCGAGGGCAUCCUGGAGCUUCCGGUGACCUGUGCAAGCAAGCAUCGCCCAUUGGGAAUGAUGCGCAUCGAGUACCUGAAAGUAACACCUCUGCUUCCGUCAAAGUGCAACCUCGAGCGGUCGUACGUACGUUACUGGAACAAACGGUGGACCGGGCUGGACGUUGGCCAUCGUGGCUCCGGCACGAGCUUCAAGGCCAGCGAUGGCAACGUGAUUAGGGAGAACACAAUAGCUUCGUUGAAAAAGGCCGUUGCCCACGGCGCUGAUAUGGUUGAGUUCGAUGUUCAGCUGAGCAAAGAUUUAGUGCCUGUUAUCUAUCACGACUUUGAUAUUUAUGUAUCGCUGAAACGGAAAACGACCCUCGAGGCCAACGACAUGCUCGAGCUGCCGAUGCGUGAGUUGACUUUGGAACAGCUGAAGAACCUAAAGGUCUACCAUGUCGUAGAAGGGAGAACGCGCGAAGCGAAAUUUUUCGACGAGGAUCUUGACGAGCAUCAACCCUUCCCACAACUGGCGGACGCUCUGGACGUGAUCGAUCCACACUGCGGAUUCAACAUCGAGAUCAAAUGGUCCCAGAAGCUCAAGAACGGCACCAUGGAAGCGGAUCUACACUUUGACUCGAACCUUUACGUUGACUGUAUUCUGAAAGUCGUUCUAGAGAAAGCCGGCCCACGGCGGAUCGUGUUUUCCUGCUUCGAUGCGGACAUUUGCACGAUGCUGCGCCUCAAGCAGAACCUGUACCCGGUGAUGUUCCUGACGUUGGGGGUGACGAGCCGCUAUCCGAGCUAUCACGACCCGCGCUGCAACUCGAUCGAGAUGGCCGUGCGGAACGCUUGCGCCACCGAAUUGUUGGGCAUUGUGGCGCACACCGAGGAUCUGCUGCGCGAUCAAACUCAGGUGAACAUGGCAACCGACAACGGGUUGAUAAUAUUUUGCUGGGGAGAUGAUAACAAUAGCAAGGACACUAUCAAACAUCUCAAGAGCCUGGGUAUUCAUGCCAUUAUUUAUGACAAGAUGGAUAUUUUCUCGGACAAGGCCGUUAAAGAGAGUGUAUUCUUAGUGGGCGCACGUGAAUCGCAAGCAGCGCUUUUGCAGCAAAUCAACAUUGAAAACCGCUACGAGCAGGCCAACCAUCAUGACUUUCUUGACCAAAGCAAAGAGUCCUUAGCGAGUGCGGGUAAGUGAAGUGGACAGACGGGACCAGAUGCUGAAAAUCGGCGAUGUAAUGUAUCUUUUAAUGCUAAAUGAAAACAAAAUUAUAUUAUGAUUCACCAAAAUAAUCUUAUUCUAAUACAAAUAUAUCAACGAAUUUAUUAGACACAAUCCUUUUUGAAAUCGUUUGCUUUAUUUUCAAUCAUAUUUAAAUUAAACUUCUAGCAAACUCUAGCAAAGGUGCUUCGAAGGCAAAUAAUAACUUUAAGAAGAUGUUGAAAUUAUUAAUACUACAUAACUAGUUGAAUUAUGUUCCUUGUUUUUUUUUAAAUAUUUUUGUCCAAAGCAAAGGACAGAUAUAGAAAUAUGUUGAAAAUUAAAUCCGUAAUAAAAACUUGAAAGUUCGCCAGAUAAGCUUACAUGGGUCACACAAACAGCUGACGAUAGAGAACAAUAUAUUUAGCAAAUUCAUAUGAUUCCAAGAGGCCCUCAAUAGUCAACAAAA